AGAACUGCAAUUAUGCUGGAGAGGCUGCAGGAGCGUUGAACAGUUCUUUCCCAGUUCUUUUGAUUUUUGUUGCCUCUCCAUGAGUUCCUGUCCUGUUUAGAUCAGUGUCUUUUUACUUUUUAUUUGUAGUGUGCAUGGUUCUGAGGAUACUAGGAAAAUGUGCUGAAGGUUCACUGUGAGGCAUGGCUAUUUUUGUUAGAAGCUGAUACUUUAGACUGAGCUUUAAGUGGUGCCUCUGGAAGACCUUGGGUUGCUUUGGGAGGGCAGGAUUCUGCAGAGGAAACAGACACUUCAGAGGGGCACAAAAGAAGAAGGAACACAAUUAGACAAAGCAGAGGAGCUCCCUCCUUCUCAUUCUGCAGCUCCUGCCAGAGCCAACAACCCAGAAGUACAAUCUAAGCUGCCACAGUAGAUCUUGUCCACUUUAACAGAGUAUCUCUUACCAUCAUCAUGGCCGAGAUUACAGCAGAAGGACAUAUGUCUACAACUACGACAAUAAUAGAUGGUAAGAACGGAUCUGUUCCUUCAUCAUCCAUGAAAGUGGGCAAGAAAUCAGUUACAGAAGACCUCGUGACAACAUUCAGCUCACCAGCAGCAUGGCUUCUUGUUGUUGCUCUGAUUGUUACCUGGUCAGCAGUAGCUAUUGUAAUGUUUGACUUGGUGGAUUACAAAGACCUUGCAGCUAUAGACACCUAUUCACAACAUUGCGACGAUCCCUGUUUACCGCCUGGAAGAUCUGUUAACAAGCUCAGCACAGAACCACUGAGAAUCAUUCAUGAGACACUGGAAGAAUCCACUGAUUGGAUUUACGGCUUUUUUUCUUUACUAUCUGACAUCGUAUGGAGUGAUGAUGAUGAUGAGAGCGAUGAAGGUACUUGUAAUGUAAAGACUUCUAUAACUGCUCUGUUGUUUUACAUGCAUUAUGUUGGCUUAGCUUUUAACCUCACAGACAAGGUCAAACAAAAUGAAAAGUAA